AUGUCAGCUGCUCUGCAGUGUGUGGCGCUUUUGUUGUUCGUUUCCUGCCAGUGUCCGGGGCUUGUGUCAGCUGACGCUGGAGGAGCGACGGUCGCAGCUCUGCGACGACUGCGGGAGGCGGUGGCCCGACACGAUGUGGAUGAGGUGAAUCGUGUGCUUCGUGGCCAAUCGCUCCAGCGGCAGCUGGCAUUUCGCGCCCCAUCGCCCCUGUACUGGGUGGCCAAUGAAAGGACCGACUCUGAGGACCUUCUUCGCAUCACGCAGGCCCUCCUGGACUACUUUGGCGAGAGCAAUUACGACUACGACAGGUUCCAUCCUCUAACGCGCGCGGCUCGCCACCAUCUCGGAGGCGUCAUGGCCGUCCUGCUCAAUUGGCCGGGCACCAUCAAGGAGGUGCACGCGAGGUAUCUCUGGUGCGAGGAUCUUCUUUCACUGCCCGAGUCCGUGCGGGUCAUCAUCACACCUGAGAGCCCACGAUGCUUUCGUGAAUUUAUUCGUGUGGUCGACUCUGAAGAGAGCGAAUUGGCGAAAGCGGCGCGGCAGCACCAGCGGGGCGCGGAAGAUGCUGUUGUAGAGGAGUUUGAUUGGUCAAACCCUUUUCUGAACCCGCCACCGGGGCAGAAGCCAAAUAUGAAGCAUUUUGUCAUGAAUCCAAGGGCUUUUGUAGACUUCUUUGAGGCUGUUGCAUACUACUUUUUGGGGGAGUGGCCCCCUUUCUAUACCACCGUCUACAGUGCAAUCGUCUUCGCGUUUAACUUUUUGGCGUGUGUGGUUUUCUUUGGGGCGUCGCGGCGGCGGCGGCGGUGA